AUGUACCAUCCUGUACAUCGUACAUCAGGGGAAAGACAGAAGCACCGGCCCAGUUGUGGGGUGUCCUCCUCUUGGCCGUGGGCGUGUCCACCCGGGUGUCUAACCCCCACGAGCCUAACUCCACGCUCAGCUCCACUCACUGCACUCACGGCCGUGAUGUCCACCUGGCAGGAGAACGGCGUGGACACCGCAGCGGACGACGACCUCUCUCCCACAGAGCUCGAGCUCGCGCAGGCGUGGGACCGGCGGCGCGCCAAGUCCCUGCCGGCGUACCCGGAGCACGCGAACACGCUCCUCCGCGCGCUCUCGCACGGCUGCAGGAAGCGCGUGCGGUUCGCGGACGCGCUCGGCCUUAACUUGGCCAGCGUGAAGCACUUCAGCGCCGCGGAGGAGCCGCGCGUGCCUCUGCAUCUCACGGGCUCGCCGCUCGCGCCCGCCUUGAGGAUCGCGGAGGACGGCGGGGAGGUGGAGGCGCGCGUGCGGCACUGCGGCCUUGCGCUAGAGAGGGUCGCCAUCAGCUGUGGGCGCGUGCACGGGACCAUACGGGUCGCUGCGGACGCGGGGGAGCGCGAGAAAGAAGUAGGCGUGAGGUACACGCUGGACGAGUGGCAGUCGUACGUGGACGCGCGCGCCGUGCCCGUGCACUCGCUGGUGCCCGACAGAGAGAGGUUCGCCUUCACUGUGUGCGCGCCCCCGCCUCCCGAGUCCGGCGCCGCCGUGCACUUCGCUCUGUACCUGAGGGGCGGAGGGGCGGAGUUCUGGGACAACAACGACGGACAGAACUACACGCUGCGGCCGGGCCACCUCCACAGCGCGUGAACACCCAGGAGACAAAGACUCUCCAGAGCUUUUCUCCUCACCCGUGACCUGCAAGGCGUCCGAGUGGAGGACCCUGUUGGGACAGUGCUGUCAGAUCCUGAGAGCAUGCAGUGAAACUGACCAGCGUCACACUAAAAGGGUUUUUUUUCUAGGGGUCUCUUCACCUGUGAAGAGGUUGGUUCUGUAGUUGGGACACUCACACCAAAAAGGGGUACACUUGUUUUAGAAGUCUACACUGAUGGUCCUCAAUCAAACUCAAGGAGUCUGUGCACUGCAGACCACUUUAAACUGAUGGGUUGGUUGGUUCUGUAGAUGGGACUAUUCUGUGAGAUACUGAUGAGAACAUACAAUGGCACUAAUUAGAUGAAGAUCACAGUAUUGUUCCUUAAUCGCACUAAAGGCUCAUGGUAUUUUCUGUUUGAUUGAUUUUUAGUAGGAUCAUACUGAUCAGAUGGUGAAGAUCCCCAUGUUUUAGGUCCUCCUUCACAUCAAAAGAAGUUUGCUUGUUUUAAAAGGCUGCAUUGCCACUGUUCAAUCAAACAGUUUCUUUUCACCUGUACGUUCCAGACCAAUUUAAACUGAGAGGUUGGCUUGUUCUGAGAGGUACUACAGUGUAUAUACAACUAUGAUACUCAUCAUUUGAUGCCUCAGUCACACCAAAGGCCUAGGAUGCUUUUUUGGUUUGUUUAUUGUUUUUGCAGGAAACGUUAUGUUAAUGAGAUACUAAUGAAACCAAUCAUUUGGUGAAGAUCAGCACAUUUCUGGUCAUCACUAAAAAACAAAAAGGGGUACACUUAUUUAGAAGGCUACACCGAUGGUCCUCAAUCACACUGGAGAGCCUGUACACUGCAGACCAGUUUAGACUGAUGCAGAAAACACUGCGAAUAUUGUUCAUGUGAUGUACUGAAAUCCUAGGAUGAAACUGGUUAUUUGGUGUAGAUCAGCACAUCACUCAUAUCAAAAAGGGGUACACUUGUUUUGGAAGGCUACACUGGUGGUCCUCAAUCACACCAAAGAACCUGUGCACUGCAGACCAUGCUAAACUAAUAGAUUACUUUGUUCUAUAGAAGGGACUGUUGUGUGAGAUACUCUUGAGAACCUACAACGAUACAGAUCAAGUUAAUGAAGAUCAGAACAGUGCUGUUUCUUAAUUACACCAAAGGCCUAUAUUGUUUUUUGUUUGUUUUUAGAUGGGACAGUGUUAUUUUUGAGAUACUGAAAUCGUAGAAUGAUACAGAUCAGGUGGUGAAGAUCACCGCAUUUUGGGUCCUAAAUCACACCAAAAGGGGUAUGCUUGUUUUAAAAGGCUACAUUGCCAGUUUUCAGUCAAACCAAAGACGUUAAAGCCCCAACCAUUUUGAACUAAUAGUUUGGUUUAUUCUUGGGACUGUUACUGAUCAAGUUGUUUAAAAUGAGCAGAGUGUUAUUCCUCAAUCACAACAAAGGCCUAGGAUAGUGUUUUAUUGGUUUUAUAUAGUGAAAUCCUAGAAUGAUACUGAUCAGUUAGGGAAGACGAGCAUAUUUCUGGUCUUCAGUCACACCAAAAAGGCUACACUGACGAUCUUCAGUCAGACCCAAGACAUUAAUGGCCCGUUCUAAACUAGCAUGUUGGUUCAUUCUUUAAGCGGGCCUGUUAUGUGAGAUACUGAUGUAAACUUACAAUGAAAUUGUAUCACAAAUCAACAGAGUGUUGUUCCUUAGUCAAGCCAAGCUACACCAUUGUAUUCCAGAGCAUUUCCAACUGAUAGUAAAGUGAAGGUCACAGCAUUGAUCCUAGCUCAUGUCCAUUCAUUCAAUAUGGGUCACUGGUGCACUGGUCACUGGGUCUUGAUCUAAACUGUGGAUAUAAUAAAAAGAGCUUUGUUUUCAAAUGUCACAGUGUUAAUGUGA